UGUUUCGUCUCAGUGUCGGUGUUUCGCCUCAGUGUCGGUGAUGGACGCGGCGGCGGAGUGUAGAGUGAAGGUGAUGUGUCGCUUCAGGCCGCUGAACGACGCCGAGCGAAGCCGCGGAGACAAAUUCAUCCCCAAAUUUAACGGAGAAGACACGGUGGUGGUGGCGGGGAAACCGUAUGUGUUUGACAAAGUUCUCGCUCCAAACUCUGAACAACUUCAGGUUUACGACGUCUGUGCCAAACAAAUAGUCCGAGAUGUGUUGGGUGGAUAUAACGGGACAAUCUUUGCUUACGGUCAGACGUCAUCAGGAAAAACUCACACCAUGGAGGGAAAUCUGCAUGACGCUCAUCAGAUGGGAAUCAUUCCUCGUAUCUCUAAAGACAUUUUUGACCACAUCUACUCCAUGGAUGAAAACCUGGAGUUUCACAUCAAGGUCUCUUAUUUUGAAAUCUAUCUGGAUAAAAUCAGAGAUCUCCUUGAUGUGUCAAAGACAAACUUGGCCGUUCACGAGGACAAGAACCGGGUUCCCUUCGUCAAGGGUUGCACAGAACGUUUUGUUUCUAGUCCUGAUGAAGUGAUGGACGUCAUAGAUGAAGGGAAAUCAAACAGACAUGUGGCUGUGACCAACAUGAAUGAGCACAGCUCUCGGAGUCACAGCAUAUUUCUGAUCAACAUCAAGCAGGAAAACACGGAGACCGAGACAAAACUGUCAGGAAAACUUUACCUAGUCGACCUGGCUGGCAGUGAGAAGGUGAGUAAGACGGGAGCAGAGGGUUCUGUGUUGGACGAAGCAAAGAACAUCAACAAAUCUCUGUCAGCGCUGGGGAACGUCAUUGCUGCUCUGAGUGAAGGAACGAAGACACAUGUCCCCUACAGAGACAGUAAGAUGACUCGAAUCCUUCAGGAUUCUCUAGGAGGAAACUGCCGCACAACGAUAAUCAUUUGCUGUUCACCAUCGGUUUACAACGAGACAGAAACCAAGUCCACGCUGAUGUUUGGACAGAGAGCUAAGACUAUUAAGAACACAGUGUGUGUGAACCUGGAGCUCACAGCUGAAGAGUGGAAGAAGAAAUAUGAAAUGGAGAAAGAGAAAACCCGGAGUCUGAACCUAGUGAUCCAGAAACUGGAGCAGGAGCUGAAACGUUGGAGGAAAGGUGAGUGUGUACCUGUGGAGCAGCAGCUGAACAGCAGAAAUAAGAAGAGUAACAGUGACGCAGCAGGGAUGGACAGCUUGGCCCCGCCCACUGAACCUAUGUCCAAUGAAGAAAAGACACAAUAUGAGACACUCAUCAACAAACUGUACCAACAGCUGGACGACAAGGACGAUGAGAUCAACCAGCACAGUCAGACAUCUGAGAAACUGAAACAGCAACUCACUGAUCAGGACGAGCUGUUGACAUUGAGUCGCCACGACUACGAGCAUCUGCAGAACGAGUUGUCGCGGCUGCAAAGGGACAACGAUUCAGCCAAAGAGGAAGUGAAGGAGGUGCUGCAGGCGCUGGAGGAGCUCGCCGUCAACUACGACCACAAGAGUCAGGAGGUAGACGACAAGAAUCGCUACAACCAACAGCUCAAUGAGGAGCUUGCACUCAAAACUGUGAGUCUGGAGACGCUGCAGAGGGAUUUCUCUUCUCUGCAGGGCGUCAGCUGUCAUCAACGCAAGAGAUCGUCAGAGAUUCUCAACCUGCUGCUCAGAGACAUCAGUGAAGUCGGCAGCAUCCUCGGAACCAGCGAAGUCAAAGCUGAGACAAGUACAGUGAUGGAGGACGACUUCACCACCGCUCGUCUCCACAUCAGUAAAAUGAAGUCUGAGGUCAAAUCUGUGGUGAGUCGCUGUAAACAGCUGGAGCUGAACCUGAAGGAGAACAACUGCAGGAGAGAGGACAGCGACAAGGAGAUCAGCUGUCUGCAGCUGCUCGUCUCACAGCUACAAGCAAAGACAACAUCUCUGACCUUUGACCUGCAGCAGCUGGAACAAAAAAAACGUCAGUUGGAAGAAGGUCAUGACCUUCUGAUGGAGGAAUUUGCCAAACUUCAGGCUCAAGGUCAAAUGCACGAGCUGACAGUGAUGGAUAAAGAAAAAGAACACAUGGACCGAUUAAAGGAUGCUGAUGACAUGAAGAGAACGUUAGAGGAGCAGAUGAAGAACCACAGAGAAGUUCAUCAGAAACAGCUGAGUCGACUCCGAGACGAGAUCGAGCAGAAACGCAGAGACUUUGAUCAGCUCAAAGAUGUACAUCAGGCUCUACAGCUGGAGAACAGAAAGCUUCACUCAGACUUUGACAAAGUCAAAUGUGAGGACGAGAAAAAAGAGCAAAAACUUCAGAAACUACAGUUCCUGAACGAGAAGAGAGAACAAGCCAAAGAAGAUCUGAAGGGUUUGGAGGAGACUGUGGCCAAAGAACUUCAGACGCUGAGUCAACUUCGUAAACUGUUCAUCGAGGACUUUGGCAUGAGAAUGAAAAAUAGUUUAGAGUGCGACAGUGAUGAGGCCGGUGGCAGUUUGUCUCAGAGACAGAGAAUCGUCUUCUUAGAAAAUAACUUGGAGCAGCUGAGUCGUGUCCACAAACAGUUGGUGCAGGACAACGCAGACCUUCGCUGUGAGCUGCCAAAGAUCGAGAAGCGACUGCGAGCAACGGCAGAGCGAGUGAAAUCUCUAGAAACGGCCUUGAGGAACGCCAAGGAGGCAGCGGCAAAGGACCGCAAGCGAUACCAACAGGAAGUGGAGCGCAUCAAAGAAGCUCUUCAUUCAAAGAACGUCCCCAGGAGAGGGCACUCUGCUCAGAUAGCUAAGCCAAUCAGAGCCGGGCAUCAGCAGCUCUCCUCGUCUCCACCCAUCAGAAUGCCCAUUAGAGGGGGCGGAGCUUCAUCCAGCCCACGCCAUCACUCCAUCACUCCUCUGCAACAUCGACACCAUCACAGCCACAACAAGUAGGCUGCAGGUCGCACAUGAAGAAAUGGCCUCCCUGGAACUACUAUUCCACCUUAACUACCACUCCACCUUAACUACCACUCCACUAUAACCAUGACACCACCUUAACGCCGACUCACCUUAUCUACCACUCCACUAUAAAUACGACUCCACCUUAGUCAGAUCAUCAGUUUGUUUCCUUGUGUAGUUUUUUGUGAUUCCUGUUUGUCCUCGAGACGUUUUGGGUUGUUACGUUGGGUUUAGUUUUAUCGCCUUUAGUUCUACCUUUUUUUUGCAGUUGUCCAGACUUUUUCCUUUUUGUAACCCUGUUUUUGUUAUUUGCUUGUCACCUCUGGUGUGGGAAUAAAUCCCUGUUUUUUGACCAUUUUUGUUUCACCUUUAACCUUUAACCCAUUUCCUGCGACGCCAUGACAUUCACUCACGAACCCUUUCACUCACUAAUCCUUUCACUUACUAACCCUUUCACUCACCGCUCAGACA